AUGGCUGAAGACUCAGAACUGUGGGAUAUCAUCUGUGAUGGCCCCUGUAUUCCAGUACACAUAAGUGAAGAUGGUGUAAAAACCACUGCCAAAACAAGGAAAGAAUGCAAUGAUGCUAACAGGAAGGUGAAGAACUCCAAGAUCGACAUGCUCACCACAGAGUAUGAAAUGUUCAAAAUGAAAGAGGGAGAAUCUAUUCAUGAUAUGCACACUAGAUUCACCUCUAUUAUAAAUGAGCUUCAUUCACUGGGAGAAGUUAUCACAACGGCCAAACUGGUAAUAAAGUUGCUUGGUGUGUUACCUGAUUCCUGGGAUAGCAAGGUAAAUACCAUCUCCGAAGCCGAAGAUCUCAGCACAUUGACUGUCGAUGAGCUCAAUAGAAAACUUAAGACAAAUGAGAUGAAGAUGUCUAUGAAGAAGGAAGAAAAGAAUGAAAUCAAAAGAGAAAGGAGCCUAGUUCUCAAAGCAGCUAGGGAAGACUCGAGUGACUACGAAUCAAAGUUGGACAGCUAUGACAGAACUGCAAGGAGGAACCAAUUUCCUGAUAAAAAGUUCAAAAGAAAGGAAGCUGCCGAUGUUAUAUUAAAACAAACACUUGCUGCGUUGAGGGACUCUUCCAGUGAGUUUGAAGAAGAUGAUGAAAGAAGGGUUGAUAAAAGGGACACAUCAAUGGUGGUCAUAGAAAAUGAAGCCUCUAAGUAUGAGUCAAUUUUUGAACUCAUGGAAAAAUCAGACUCAGAUGAUAGAGAUGACGAUGCAGAGGUAAAUUUUCUUGAGGUAAAGAAGAACCUGAGAGCCUACUAUCAGAAUAAACUCAUGUCACUGUCAGGCAUGCUAAUUGAUGCAUAUCAUGCUCUCAUCGCUGAGAAAGGUGCACUCGUUCAUGAAAUCAGUGAUUCUGAACUCGAAAGAGACAAUAUGUUGGUGUCAAUUAGAGAGAUGAGGGAACAAGUUGAUGAGAACAAUCAGCUGAAUAUUAUGCUGGAAAGGGAAUUGAAAAAAGAUAGAAAGGCGCAUCUUAAAGGAAAGGGCGAAGCAAGUAAAUCUCACUUGGAGCUCAAAGAUGAACUCAAAAAAUUAAAACUGAGUCUCACUACUGAGAUUGAGAGAAGCAAGCAGUUAAAGGAAGACUUGAAUAGAAUCAAGUUUGAUCUUGAUAGAGCUCUCAAGCGGACCUGGUCUUCUGAUGUGAUCACUUCCAUGUACAAAAUUAAGGGAAGUGAUAAAGAAGGAAUUGAUUUUGUGAAAGAGAAGACCCCUACAAUCCCCACAGCAAGUAUGUCUCCACCACCGAAAAUUAUUUGUACACCCAUUGUGGACGAGCAGGCCACUACAAGGAGUCUUGCAAAGAAAGAAUUGAAUCGGUUCAGAGGAACAGAGAGUUUAUCGAAAGGAAGUAAGUUUGGGUACAAAAGGAACUGGUUCUCAAAAAGAAGGACCUCAAAAGGAGAAAGGAAAACGAAGAAGGAAAAAAUAAAAGAAAAUACGAGAGAAGUGGAACGGGCUAUUCAAUCUGUUGCUCAAAAGAGGAAGAGGGCCAGCACAAGCAAGGAACCAGGUUCCUCUAAGAGGAUGAUAAAUGCAUCUGAUGAGAAAGAAAAGAAGGACUGGCAUGAAAGAACCAUUAGAAAUAUUAGCAUUCCAAAUGAGACACAUCUUUUUACUCCACCGGCUCCUUGCGUAUACGAAACUGAAGUGCCUGAAUAG